AUGAAGCUCACAGUGACGCUACCGACGCCCGUGAUGGUCAUGCCAAGCUCCAGUCAUUUGCACAGGCAACAUUUGAACGAUGAACCUCCAAGCUACGAUGCAACCACCGUCAACGCUGAAUCGAGCCCAGUUGGCGCACCCCUCUCUUCGCUUAGCUCCACGCAUGCUUCGAUGUCUACCUCGUCUACCUCUUCCGACUCUGUUCUCAGAGCACUCAUCACUCUCACUGUGCCUGCGUACGAGCAAGCAACCCACGUUCUCACCUCCCUCACUGCCCGUCUCAAGGCGUACGAGUCGCUGGUACACAACAACGGAGGCUUUCAGCAGAGCCAGCCCAUCGACCUCCGCGUUACAGUUCCUCUUCCGUCCCAACCUCUUUCCCUUCUUCCGGGAAAAACGUACAGCUUUCGAGCCGAGAUCGUCUGUCCUGACCACAUGCCGCCUAGCGUUCAGCUACCUGAUGCAAAGGUGAGGUACAAAGUCUGCGUGCGUGCAAAGACGGUACCAGCCGUCUAUAGCCAUUCAAGGUUGGCAUCCUUGCUACGCGUUACCACGCUGACGGACUCCGUCGGCCUCACCGUGGUGCAGGCAGUUGCAGCUGAACCCGAAGGUGACGGCUACCACUCUAACAUCAAGCAUGUCUCGAUCGAAGGGUUGGGUCCAGUGUGCAUCUCCACUGCUCCACGCUCGCCUUGCAUCAUUGGCGCCAGCACCACCGUGCACCUAAGCCUGCCCGAAGAUCCACCGAGAGCCAGCCGCAUCGCCAACGUCGAAGUACAUCUGAGUCAAGACAGCACCAUUUGCUGGCGUUCAAGCUCGCUUUCCAAAGCGUCAAAGAGCCAGCAAAAACCACGAUUUCUGUUGAAGCUUCCCACGUUCGGCGCGCCCGCAAAUUUAAACACCGCUUCACGCCCCGCACCAUCAACAACGGCAUCGGCGACUCCGGGGCCAAAGGCGAACACCACAAGCACCAGAACCGACUCGUACCAAACAGAAUUCCGCAUCCCCGACCAAGCGGAACUACAAACAACAACCCUCGCUGGUUCCAGCUCAGCCAUUCACACCUCUCACCAACUUUUCCUCGCCGUCAGCUUUUUCGACGCGUCAAAUGAGCUGCGCUUGUUCGAGUACUGCUGGCCCGUGACACUAGCUCGCACCGAGGCCAUUUGUCCAGACCUCUCGGAGCACCUGCCAGUGUACACUGCAGCAGACCCGCUUCGACAGAUCAACGCCGCGCAGCCCUCUGCAUCAUGA